AUGAUCCUUGAGCCUGUAACUGCAAGUGCGAAGCGUUCGGCCUCCCUGCCAGCGCAAAGGCCGACCCCACGCAGCGUGAGCCCCUGCCCUUCUCUGCAGUACCCCUCGUUCCAGUUCUUCAAACCGCCGAAGCCCCUCGAGCUGGCUCCUAGCGCUCUUAGCCUUGCCGCGGCUACAGAGCACGGGAAGCUGGGCGCCUGUGCUUGUCCUUCGCGACUACCUGAUCCCCUUCCACUUCCGCUGACCCAACCGACUCCUCGGUUCGCUCCGGUACUCCCAGCUUUGGAGAGCAAGUUUCAGUUUCUGAAGAGCCCUACCCGAAGGGAAGGUGGAAAUCGGGACCGCCGGGACCUGCAGGAGCUUGAGCGACAUGUGCUCGAACUGGUGGAAGGUCAGCGCGGUCUGCGCAGAGAGCUUCAGACCUUGAAGCAGCAAGCAGCAGCUCAAAGUCGUGAGCUGGAGUCAAUGCGUGCGCAUGUUGGGCGUCCAAAGUUGCCACCAACACGCAGUCCGGAUGUUCCUCUGCCUCUGUCGUUCCGUGAUGGGAAGCCAGCUUCGGCGGCUCGAGCACGAUCAGGGAGUCGACCUCGGAUAGCCGAAAGUGCCCCGGGCGAUCCGGUGGUGAAUCCUGCAGCUUCAAUGCAAAGCCGCGGUCAACAUUGGGAUGACUCUGUUGCAGAUUGCUUGCUCUGUACAAAAUAG